GGCUGGCUUAUCGGAGGUGAAGCUUGCCACACGACGAGGUUGAUCCACCAGCAUGGUUUCGAAACCAGAUCUUCAAGCAAAACCAAGUCUUCAAUCGUGCACGGCGGAUCUUAUAAUGCGACGCCAGUCCACUCGCAGCGGCUAAUGGAUAAGGCAGACAUACAACGAUAAUUGCGAUGAUCUUGAGGUUAAGGGGAAAUCGGGUAUGGCGGAGAGCUUUCAGCACGACGCCGAGGAGGGCAGAAAUCCAAGAUGCAGAGGUUUUACAGGAUAGAAUUAUCCCUCGAUAUCAGAGAACUGCAACUAGCGAUUUGCUAUCUCUUCAAUGGCCGUCACCUCCACGAAAUAUUCUGAUGAUCAAGAAGGAUUACGCCCCAGCAGUCACUGAAUCUCUCAUCGAAUAUGCAAAGCAUAUACAUUCCAACUACGACAAUGUAUCCCUCAUAUUCGAACCUAGAGUUGCCUCCGAGAUCCACGAAUCCUUCCCCUUUCCAGUAUACACCACGACAAAGACUAGCAUCUUACCCAAGAAAGUUGACAUGGUCACAACGCUAGGAGGUGAUGGCACGAUCCUCCAUGCUUCCUCCAUCUUCAGCACAACACUCUACGUACCUCCGAUACUUUCUUUCAGUAUGGGUACAUUGGGUUUCUUGGGAGAAUGGAAAUUUGCAGAGUACAAACGAGCAUUCAGAGAAGUUUACAUGUCGGGAGCAGCUGUCAGCUCUCCCUUGAUCGAAGCCGAGACACAUCGUCAUAUUCAAACAGAGACUGGGGACAUAGUGACCGGCUGGUCAGGCGUAAGAGGGAAAUUCAUGGGGCCAACACGAACCUCUAAAGUCUUAUUCCGACAUCGACUGAAGGUCGGAGUCUUCGAUUCUGAUGGGAAUCGUGUAAUAGGUGAUAACACGGCGGAGAGUGCACGAGGGGACGUGCACGCCAUGAAUGAAGUCGUGAUUCAUAGGGGAAAAGAAGCACACCUCGCAAUCAUAGAGGUUUUCGUGGGCGGAAGGUUUCUGACUGAGGCUGUGGCUGAUGGAAUGAUAAUUUCUACUCCGACUGGAAGUACGGCUUAUAGCUUGAGUUCUGGUGGGAGUAUCAUUCAUCCGUUGGUCAGCAGUUUGAUGAUGACUCCUAUUUGUCCAAGGAGUUUGUCAUUUAGGCCGCUUGUGCUGCCAGCCAAUACUCCAAUUACCUUGAGGUUGAGUGAGAAGAAUAGAGGAAGGGAACUAGAGGUUAGCAUUGAUGGGAGGAGAAGGAGCCAUGGUGUUGGUGUUGGUAUGGAAGUGAGGGUGGAUGGGGAGGAUAUUGACAAAGGUAAUGAAUGGGGCAGCGGUGUGCCUUGUGUUAUGAGAGGGGCAAAGAGUGGAAGGGAAGAAGAUGACGGAUGGGUUGGAGGUUUGAACGGUCUGUUAAAAUUCAACUAUCCCUUUGGGGAGGAAUGAGUCUCAGCGAAUGUAGAGUACACAGAUACAGUUCUUGACAGUACCUCCAUCAACUAACAGCCAAUACCUUGUGAACCUAGGUCGACG